AUGUCUCUCACACCAAUCAACAUCCCCAAGAGCCGCCAGGACUCGCGCGAAAUCCCACGCAGCAACCCGGAAAAUUCAUACCUCUCCCAAAGCUACAACUCAUCCAGCCCCACCGAAAUGUCUCCCACAAUCUCUUCGCCCCAGUCCCCAAAGCUGGACUGCGACGUCAAGCCCAUCCCGACUCGCAAGAGCAGCGGUGACUACAAGCGCUACAGCGGAACAGUCAACCACUGCGGUCGGCACUCAAAUGAUUGGCUCUUCGGCGGUUUCAGUGUCCGCGAAACUGUCCGCGAUGGCCUCGAGAAGCUCCGUGGCUCGGACAAGGAGAGCUGA